AUGGAGGACAGACUGUGUGCUUUUCCCAGAGAGGAGCUGAUCCUCGCGACGACCUUAAGCCACAACGAAACUGUCUUGGAGCGCAACAUGUUUCCGUACGAGACGCCCGAGGGAGUCGAGCACUGGACACUAUGGAGUUGUCAUGAACUGAAUGAUACCGAGAUCGAGGAGUUUGUAUGCAGCUGGCUGAAGGGGAAUGCUCCACAAGUGGAGGAGUGGAACUACGAUGAAAACUCGUCGCGGUCGAUCGAUCUCUUCCACGUGCACGUGUACUUUGCAUGCGGCAGAGGCGAGAUGAAGCCGUUCAUGUUGACGUAG